ACCCACCCUGGGGAAUCCACUGACCCUGCAUUUCUCUGAGGCACUGGGACAGCCCCACCCUCCUGCUUGGGACCUGAGACUUCAGCUCACAGACUACUUCCUGCCUCUUUCUGAAGCAGCCUGACAGUUGGGAUGUUGCUCCUGAGUGCAUUCACCUUCUCCUGCCUCUGGGUGUUUGGGCUUGGGCAGUUGGAGCAACCUGAAAUGUCAGUCACCAAAGCCAUAGGCGAGAGUGCCCAAAUAGCCUGUAAAAUCUCUCCAGACCAUAGCGACACAGAUAUACAUUGGUACCGGCAGAGAGAAAACCAACAGUUCGACUAUCUAAUAAAUGUCAGGCAAAACUAUAAUCAACGUCCCUUGGAUGGGAUAAACAAGAAAAUUGAAGUAAGUAAAGAUCGUCAAACUUCUACUUCAACCUUGAAAGUAAAUUUCCUGAAGAAAGAAGACGAAGCCUUUUACUACUGUGCCAUCUGGACGUACUCAACAUGGAUCAAGAAAUUUUCAAAAGGGACAAAGCUCAUAGUAAUUCCCUCAGGCAAACGCUUCGAUUCAGACAUUUUCCCCAAGCCUACCAUUUUUCUCCCUUCUGUUGCUGAAACAAAUCUCCAUAAGGCUGGGACAUACCUUUGUCUCCUCGAGAAAUUCUUCCCUGAUGUUAUAAGUGUAUAUUGGAGAGAAAAGGGUAGCGAUAAGGUUCUGGAACCUCAAGAGGGAAAUACCAUGAAGACUAAAGAUACAUACAUGAAGUUAAGUUGGCUGACUGUCGCUGAAGAUUCAAUGAAUAAGGAGUAUGGAUGCAUAGUCAAACAUGAAAACAAUAAGGGAGGAGUUGAUCAAGAGAUUCUCUUUCCUCCCAUAGAUAAAGUUGCCAACAUCAUUGAUCCCACAGAAGCUUCUUUGAAAACUGAAAAUGCUUUCACAAUUAUUAAUCCCAGAGAAAGUGUUCUGAGACAUGAACAUGUUAAUAAUUCCACUGAUCUGGAAGCUUGCUUGGAAAGAAGAAAGGAUCAGCUGCAGCUUCAAGUUACCAAUACCUUGGCAUUCUACACCUACCUCAGCCUGUUCCCCAAGAGUGUGGUCCACUUGGCCUUCGUUAUCUUCUGUCUGUGUAGAAGAGCAGCAGUGCAUCGUGAUGGCCAAAGUUCAUGAUGGAUGAUGCAACAGGAAACAGGAAGGUCAUGUUGUUUGCAUCCUUUUUCUGCCCUCAAUGUCUUAUGAGGGUCUAGCUGGAUGUGCUUGCUGCUUUGAGCUCCUCAAGGUCACAUAUAAGGAAUUUAGUAUCCUUACUAUACAGAUGUUUUCAACAGAGAGGGAACUGAUCAACUUUACAACAAAUAGUAGCCCAUGAGAGCACCCAGCCAUUCUGACCCAUCUUCUCUCAGUGCCUAGCACCCUCCCCCCCACAACAGCCCAGAGCAUCACAAGCCCAAUGUAGACAAACUGCAACUUUUAGUCAGCCCACUUCAUGUCCUUCAACCAGAUAAUGCCCUAAAGGCUUCUACAUCAUAUGCUCUGAAGAACCUUAUUUGAACUUGAACUCUGUGCUUUGCUUGCUAAA